GGCCCUUUAAGCACACACGUGAAAGUUGCCACCACCAGCGCCUGUCGGGGCUUGUUUUUUUUUUAAAUUAAAUUUAUUUACAUUUGCAAAUUUCGUUAAUAAAACAUGAGUUCUCAGAUUACUUGUGUCGGCUGGGUGAAGCGAGGCGCUGCAAAGGAAACCCCUGACAAAGUCGAGUUGAGCCAAGAGGAGCUGCAACGCAUCAUCAAUGAGGCAAAGGAGGAGCUAGCGGAGCAAGCAGCUGAUGAUGAAGAAGAAGAAGACGAGGUUGAUGCUGGUAUUGUAGCUGAUCAGAGUGUCAAUGACAUUGUGGAUGCUGCCUUUGCUCAAAAGGAAGAAAAGCAAGGAGGAGACGAUGAGGAGGAGGAUGAGCUAGCGGAAUACGGCCUGGAUAAAUAUGAUGAAGAAGAUAUAGCGACAGCCAACCUCGGCGACAGCCUGGCCGGGCUCACAGUGUUCGGCUCGAAUGACGAGGACCCCUACAUCACUCUUAAAGAUACUGAUCAGUAUGAGCGAGAAGACUUCCAGAUUAAGCCCAUGGACAACCUCAUCCUGGCUGGCAGGGCUGAGAAGGACUGCUGCAACCUGGAGAUCUACGUUUACAACGCAGAGGAGGACUCUCUGUAUGUGCACCAUGACAUUCUUCUGCCAGCUUACCCUCUCAGCAUCGAGUGGCUCAACUUUGAUCCAAACCCGGGAGAAUCGUCUUGUAAUUAUGCUGCUGUGGGCAACAUGACACCACAGAUUGACGUGUGGGACCUGGACGUGGUGGACUGUUUGGAGCCCGCCUUCACACUGGGCAGCAAAAAGGUGGCGAAGAAGAAAAAAAAGGGCAAGAAGGGUGCAGCAGCGGCGGCGCAACCUGUGGAGGGGCACACGGAUGCAGUGCUGGAUUUAUCCUGGAACCAGCUGGUCAGGAAUGUCCUAGCCAGUGCAUCAGCAGACGACACAGUCAUCCUAUGGGAUCUAUCUCAAGGCAAACCAGCCACCACCCUCUGUAGACACACUGAUAAAGUCCAGACCCUAGCUUUCCACCCCUUUGAGGCACAGACUCUCCUCUCCGGAUCAUACGACAAGACGGCGCUCCUGUACGACUGCCGCAGCCCGGACAGCAGUUACCGCACGUGGAGGUUCAGCGGUCAAGUCGAGCGUCUGGUGUGGAACCACUUUUCGCCGUGUAACUUCCUGGCCAGCACAGAUGACGGCUUUGUCUACUGUCUGGACGCUCGCGCUGAUAAACCUGUUUUCACACUCAAGGCGCAUGAUGAAGAAGUGUCAGGUUUGUCUCUCAGCAGCCAGAUUAAAGGAUGCUUGGUCACGUCGUCGGCAGACAAACAUGUUAAGAUUUGGGACGUUUUGGGUGACAAACCCAAGCUGGUGCAUUCGAGGGACAUGAAAAUGGGUGUGCUGUUCUGCGCGUCAUGCUGCCCUGAUCGGCCCUUCACUUACGCCUUUGGAGGACAGAAAGAUGGUUUACGAGUUUGGGAUAUAAGUGACUCUGCAGCUGUGGCUGAGGUGUUUGGCGGUCGUGAGCGCUUGGUGGUGAACGCAGGAUCACAGGCUGCCAGCACUGCAGCCGCAGCACAAAUGGACACCUCCUAGCAAAACAACAAAAUAUAAACCAAUUGUUUCCCUCAAAGUAAAAGGAGUGUGACUUCUUGAAGUUCACGCAAAGAAACACUUGUGAGUUAACGCUGGAAUUGUCUUUUUGUUGGCGAAAGCAGCAAAAUUGUCAUUUCUUCUGACAAAAUCGAAUCUCCGUUGGCCAUCUCUGUGUGGAGUUUGCAUGUUCUCCCCGUGCCUUUUCUCUGGGUACUUCCUCCCACACUCCAAAAACAUUAGGUUCAUUGGCGACUCUACAUUGUCCAUAAGUAUGAAUGUGAGUGUGAAAGGUUGAUUGUCUGUAUGUGCCCUGCCAUUGGCUGGCGACCAGUCCAAGGUGUGCCCUGCCUCUCCCCGAAAGUCUGCUGGGAUUACCCCUCCUGUUUACCCCUGUGACCCUAAUGAGGAUUAAGUGGCAUAAAGGAUGAAUGAAUUUGUACAAAUGCGUGAGGGCUUUUUUCUACUAAUGUAACUAAUAUUGCAUAAUACCUACUUGGAUAAGUCAUAAUGUAGGAAAUGUUGAAUAUCCAGUUUACAUAAAACCGCUUUUUAAAUACGUAAAUUUUGUAUUUGCUUGACUUUUUUUGUUAUUACAAUUAUGACAGUGGAAGAAUAUGUACCUUAUUUCCAUUACAUGUUUUAAAUUGAUAAGAAUAACACUGAUUUUAGACCAUUUUCCCUUUUUUUUUUUUUUAAAUGUUUUAAUUCAUCUAAACAAUUUCAGAAUACGUUAAGGCCUGGUUCCCCAUACAAGGAUUACGUCACAUUGUAAACUAGAAUGUACUAAAACGGCUUUCUCAGACAUGAAUUGAAAUAGUGUCAGACUUGUCCUAGUCUUGAGUUAAAUAAUUUCUUUCUUGAAGGGAGACUAGCGCUAAUCCAGGUCUAGAUCAAGAUGUUUAAAGUUGGCCAGAGGCAGGUUUAACAUGAGCAUGAAGCUGAAGUAGCCAACAAAAAACUGGACACACUUACAAAGACACCUUUGCUUUGCAGCACUUUUCAUAAACAAAUGUGAUACACAAGUGAUAGCAUUUGUGUUAUCCUGCUUUAUAUCUUAUAUCUUGUGUUUUCUGUAUAAUGUAUAAUUUGGAAAAUUAAGAGAUGAGAUGGUUGAUUGCAGUCCCUGCAUUCCUUUUUUGGUUCCUGUGGUUAAUCAUGAUGUU